AUGCCUGGAAGAGUUAAAGUCCGUAUUCUUAGUGCGCGAGAUCUGCCUGUCAUGGACAGGGCCAGCGAGUUGACCGAUGCUUUUGUUGAGGUAAAGUUUGGUACAGAGAUAUUUAAAACUGAAGUCUGCAAGAAGUCAUUGAACCCCCAGUGGAAUUCUGAGUGGUUUAAAUUUGAGGUUGAUGAUGAAGUUCUCCAGGAUGAGCCACUGGAUUUGAGAGUGCUGGACUAUGACACAUACAGUGCCCAUGAUACUAUUGGUAAAGUUUACAUAGACUUGAACCCACUGUUGACUCGUGAGACCCCCAACAUUAUUACUGGCUGGUUCCCAAUAUAUGAUACUAUGCAAGGCCUGAGAGGAGAGUUAAACAUUCAAGUGCGUGUGGAGCUCUUCAGCGAUUUUAAUAAGUUCAGACAGUCAUCAUGUGGCAUCCAAUUUUUCUGUACCAGUGCUGUGCCGUCAGGUUGGUGUGUGCAGAACAUGCUGGGCUUCAUUGAAGAGCUGGUGGUUAAUGAUGACCCCGAGUACCAGUGGAUUGAAAAGAUUCGAACUCCACGAGCAUCCAAUGAAGCAAGGCAAAGACUGUUUUCUAAACUCUCAGGGACAUUACAGAGGAAACUCGGCGUCAAAGUGUUGGAGAUGGGAGGCAAUGCUGUUUUAGGGUAUUUCCAAAAUUUUGACCUGGAAGGAGAAUCUGGGAUUGUUGUAAGAGCCAUAGGGACAGCCGUUUCUCUGGCUCGGGCACAGUUUGGUCACAUGUCCCCAGCCGUGGCGUCCCCCAGCUCCACUUCUCCAGUCAAAGACAUGCGACGCCACACAGUGAGCCUCCACCACCACCACUCCCACUCACAACAAAAGCAGGACAAACCGCUUCCUUCCCAUCCUGCUCUGAAAAAACACCUCUCCAGCCCCGACCCCACUCCUUCCGCCUCCGCCUCUGCCGUUUCUGUUAAAACCCGCCUGUUCACCCAAAGACGUUCUGACAUAAGCUUGUAUCACAACCCGCCUCCAUCUGCCCCGCCAGUUGUCGAGUGGGCUGGAGACAGCUCAGACCCAUCCCUCUUCACUUUCCCUUGCAGUGUUUCCUUGCCCGACGACGCCAGUGUGACACCAUCCACUUCACCAGUUCCUCCUUUGCAGCAGCAGCAGCCGGGAAAGCAUUCACCUGAACCUACAGCUGCUACAGUCUCAACAGCGGCGGCCAAGUCAACUUCAGCAUCAUCAUCUUUUCAGCAACUACACCAGCGACACUCUGUGUCACCAGUUAGGGUCAUACCUGCAACGGAUACCAGCAGGCGCUUGUCGGAUUCUGAAAUAGGUUCUCCACCCAAAGCACACAGUGUCCAUCCAGUGUCAGCUGGGGGAGCACCCGUCAGUGCAGGUCCGAGACUCACUCUUUCCAAGACUUCAGUGCUACAGCAGAACAUUGAGCUGCUGGAGUACCCAUUUUUCACCAUGCGCAGUUUUCCUGCUGGCUUCAUCCAGAGUCUGGGGGGAGUCGUGUCAGCUCGGUCAGUGAAACUGCUGGAUAAAAUCCACAAUCCAGAGGAACCAGAGACCAGAGAUGCCUGGUGGAGAGAGGUCAGGAUCGAGAUCAAAUCCCACGCAGCCAAGCUCGGAUGUCACGCUGUGCUGGGAUAUAUGGAACAGACGACUAUAAGCGAUGAUGUCAUCGUGCUCUCAGCGGCCGGCACAGCUGCAAAGAUCAACCUCAGCUUUGACCCCACAAAAGCUGCACUGUGCUUGCCUGCUUCCUCCCAGGUCCCUGCCUGCCCCAUUUUGUCCACAGACACACCAGACAAAGCUGCAGCAGCAGUAGGAGGAGGUGGUAGGCUCAAGAAAGAGAGGGACAAGGAGAAACAUCUGUUUGUCGACAUUGGCCUGGCUAAUCAAGCGCAGUUGAAGUCUCUGACACUCAGCGACGGGUUUGAUGAGUCUCAGACAAGAUGCUCUUUAUGUCACAUUCCAUACAGUCUUUCCAACAUGCCCUUUGAGAUACAGCUAUCCAAGUGUGCAACCUGCAGAAAAAAGAAUGUUCCAGAAGUAUUGUUCACAACUGUGGACCCUCCUCCUGAUAUGCCAGUUUGGAGCAAAGGUUGUCUUAUACAAGCCAGGAUUUGCCGAGUUAAAAGCAAGAUAAAAAGUUCUGAACAAUCUGCUAGAGAUAUUAGUGAUAGUUUGCCGUUUUUAGAGUAUGAACUCCACAACCAACUCAUCAACAAGCUAAAGGUUCGAGGACUGAAUUGCCUCUUUGGACUGCGAAUUCAGAUAUGUAUUGGAGAGAACAUGCUUGUUGCUGUUGCAACAGCAACUGGAGCUUUUCUGGGACCAUUACCGGCACCUCCUUUGCCAGAAAUAUCCACAGAGGUGGCCACAGCAAAUGAAAGCCAAGACUUGAUCAACCUGCAGGCAAGGCUCACAAAGGUGGCGCAGACCCACAGGGAGAAGCUGGGGAAAGAGAUUCGGGACCACUACCCAGAAGAUAACCUUGCUAAUACUCUUGCUGGGGAUGAAUCAGCAGAUGAUGAGGACGAUGGUAACUUGUUAUUGCUUGAGUUGGCCAAAGAGAAGAACACCUUUGUCUUGGUGGUGGACGACCUGAAGGAUGACACCGUGUCCAUCAUACUGCAUGACACCAGCCUACCAGAAGGGUUUGAGAUUUGUAACACACAGGUUCCACCUGGGAUCCCAGCAGACAGAAUCACAGCCAACAUGCAGAUGUUCACACAGAUUGUGAAGGCAAGAUACCAGCCAACCUCAGGGUCUAGUCUGGAUUUUUCUGAUCUCUUUAAUGUCAUCCUUAGGAGGGUGUUUUUCAAGCUGAGAGACUUGAGGCCCUGUUGCCUGGCCAACAUAAGCUUCAACGUGGACUUACCUGACGAGGAUGAGAUCAAUGUAGCUGUAACAGGCUGCUGUCUAGGCCUGCAAGAUGGGUUAAAUCAGACUGUUUCUGCACCGAUCAGUGUCAUCAAACACCAAUCUCAGACUACUCCUCCAGCCAUCAACAGUCAGACGGAUGACAUGAUGUUUCUCAUGGAAGGGGUGAUGACAGAGCAGCACAGCCGCAGUCGAGUCAGUAGCACAGCUGCCCAGUUGGGAAUACGUAAGUGCAAAAUGUGU